CGGAACUCUUGUGGGGAUACGCGAAGCCAGUCGGACACGUCAACGACGGGACGCACGAUAGUUAGGAGCUAUUCUCAACUAAUGGCAAAAGUGGUCUGAAAUUAAAGGUAUUUAAGAGUAUGGCGGUGUAGCUAAUGGUGUAAUGUUGAUUCAGGAGCAAUGUCUGAAGCUGCUUUAGAGGAGCUUUCGGUUUUAUCCUCCAUUUACUGCGCAGAGGGAGAGUUCCAGCUGCUUCAACAGUCCGUGGAGGAUGGCUUAGUGGUUCAAAUCAAGAUCAGUGCGGGGCCAGAUGGAGGGCUGGAGGUCUGCCUGCUGUUCCGUCUGCCACCCGGCUACCCGUCCUGUCUCCCUGACAUCUCCGUGUCCUCCUCAGCUCUCUCCAGAGGCCGGUGUCACCACAUCAGGCAGAAGCUGCUGGAUCAGGCUGCAGCCUUACCACAGGAACCAAUGGUGCACCAGCUGGUUGAGUGGUUACAGCAGCAGAGCGGGGAGCUGACAGAGGCGGGGCGAGUGUGUGAGGAGCAGGUGAUGGAGGGAGGAGAGGAGCAUGAGCAGUGGACCACAGUGCUGCUGCUGGAUCACAUCCGCUCCAGAAAUCGCUACGUCAGGCUGCUGGAGCGCUGGAGCCUGCAGCUGCAGCUGACUGUCACGUUGUUACUGGGACGACCCAUACUGGUUCUCCUUCAGGGAGCGAGGCCCAGCAUCAAGGAGUUCUGCCACCUCCUGAGGACCGUGAAGGUGGAUGUUGAUUCUUCUGGGCGGAAGUGCAAAGAGAGGAUGAUGAAGGUCCUCAGUGAAACCCCCUCAUCCUCUUCUAAACAUGGUCCACCAGGUUUGCAAGUGAAGGAGUAUGAGUCAGUAUCAGAGCUGACUGCAGCCUUCCAGGAGCUCAGUAUGACUGAGCUUUAUCAGCAGAUACUGCCAUCGCUGACAGACUGACUCCACUGCUUUACUGACUGGAUGAAAUCAGUCUUCCAGCUCCUCUUACUACAAAAUACUUCUGUCUGCAGUGAUGCAGUUUGAUGGAUCAAGGCAAAUACUUAGAAGUGUAAACGCUCUAGAAGCCAUCAAGACUCCAUGACUUUGGUCGCUGCUCAACUACAGUGGCUCUGCAGUGCAGGAGCCAAAAAGUGUAUGUGUACCAGUAGACAGACUGGAGAUGCUGUACAGGGAAUAGGGAAGGACUUGCCUGCAAAAAGUUCACUCUACCUGGGUUCUUCCUGUCUCAAAAUGAGGUGGUGGUGGUACCUGGUCCUGGACUCACACAUGCAUGUAUUGUGUACCAUGCCGUCAACUGGCUCAAGUAAACAUGUUUUACAAGCAGUGGAUUUUAGCAGUUCUAAUUAUGUGGCAUUUUAAAGCAUAU